AUGCCGCCCAAGCCUUCUGUUCGGGGCGAAUACAUCGAAACAGAAACUGGCAACAAGAUCAGUCGCCGAGCCAGCGUCCUGGGCCCGCGCCAUAUCAUCCUUGCCGGGAAAUGUGUCAUUCAGCAGGACGUGGUGAUCCAUGGGGACCUCGUUCGACCUCCGCAGCCCAAGCCUGCCUCCCAACAGCAGCAGCCCGGCGACCAGAAGUCGGCGACGCAAGAUCAGACCUCGAUUCACCUGGGCCGCUAUGUCUUCAUCAGCCCCGGCUGCACCCUCCAUCCCCCUUCCCGCCUCACGACGGUCCCGAAUCCGAAUGGCGGUGAGCCGCAGCAGAUCAUGACCUACUUCAUGCUCCGCAUCUCUGACUACGUCUAUAUCGGCCCCAAUACACAUAUCCGUGCCGCAGAGAUUCGGAGUAAUGUCUGGAUAGGCGCGAACUGCACGAUCGGGAACAUGGUCAUGAUCAAGGACAACGUCAAAAUACUGGAUGGCACGGUUCUUCCCCCCAACACCGUCUGGGCUGGAGGCACCAUCAUCGCCGGACGCCCGGGGAGAGUUGUUGGAGAGAUUGGUGAAGGUUGGGCUGCUGGUGGGAGCAGUGGCUCUUCCGUGGACGAAGGAGUUGGCGUCAAGAGUAGAGAAAGAUGGGCCGCGGUUGGAAACAAGAGGUGA